AACCGCCGAUUUUUCGAGCCUAUGUGUCGAGAAACCGAAGAGGACGCCAGCUUUUCUUUACGACAAUUACUCCGACUCGGAAGAUAUUCGGAAAUCGGAACUUAAAGCACCAGAGGAGGGUAUAUCUGAACGGAACUCGAUAAAGAACGACCACCCUUUGUUACCGUUGGCAGUAAUGGGUUAUUCUGCAGGUUUUCUCAUCUAUUCGGGCGUCAUGCCCUUGCUGAAGAUGUUCCUCACCAUCUUCUUCGGGUUUUGGCUGACGAGAAAAGGUUUCUUCACGUCCGCUGCGUCUAGAGGAACCUCCCAGGUAACAAUGAACGUCGCGCUGCCUGGCCUGCUCUUCUCGAAUAUCGUCCCUGCCUUCAACAAGCAAAACGUGUCGGCCAUGGGUCCACUUUUCUUGGUCGCCUUUGUCUACAUGGCCUUGGGACUCUUAUUCGGCGCGCUCAUCCGCGAGUUCUGUUAUGUUCCACGAAAUUUUUGGGCUGGGAUCUUGAUGGCAACAGCUAUGAGUAACUGGGGAAACUUGCCCACGGCUGUGGUUCUCACUGUCACAGAGCAAAAGCCCUUCGAUCCUGAUACAGACCCACAACUUGGCGUGUCGUACGUUUCAAUCUUUAUUCUUGCGUACAACAUUAUCAUGUGGAUUGGCGGCGCGGCGAACACGCUUGCCUGGGACUACGCUCCAGGUGUACCUCAAGGCGACGAAGCCAACGUUCAUGUCAGCUGGCGCGAAAAGCCCAUAGCCGCUUUCUUCCUGCGAUCGCGGGAAAAGCUCCUUGCCCGACCGAAGAAUUCUGAUUGUGAGAAGGCUGACGACGAGAAGGAAGCAGACUCGGAGAUGGAGACCGACCCUGAGAUACAGCUUGCACGCAGGGCCUCGAGGUUAUCCGCCAAUUCUCCUCGACCGAGACGACCUUCUGCUGGUGUUAGUACUCGUCCACGGGCAGGCUCGUUACUUCCAGCGCCGAACACGUCCCAGUCUUCCUUGAAAGAGCUUCCGGACACCGCUGUACAGAGUCUGAAGAGCUCAUCAGUAGCGGGUGCACAGGAACAUGAGUUUGCGGAGGAGGAGGAAGAAGAGAAGCCUGGUCGUUUCGCGUCCCUCUUCCCCCCUUUUUUGCGAAGAACCUUCAAACCCUUGUCGAGUCUGUUCACGCCCAUCACGAUGAGCAUGUAUAUUGCCAUCCCAGUCUCGCUCAUCCCACAACUCAAAGCGCUGUUCGUUGAGGUCGACGGUGGUCCAUACUAUCAUGGUCCAGACGGGAAUCCACCAUUGACGUUCAUCAUUAAUACAGCUGAGUUCGUCGGAAACAUUACUGUCCCAAUGGCUCUGAUCUUGUUGGGUGCUUCAUUCGCGCGCAUGAAGAUCCCGCGUCCAUUCAGUAAAAUGCCGUUACCUGCGAUGUUUUGGGUGUCGUUCUGUAAACUGGCUUUGCUCCCGGUAAUUGGUAUACUUCUUACACAGGUGUUAACACACCGCGGUGUUAUACCCAAGGACGCACUCGUCGAGCGUUUUGUUGCGAUGCUUUUGAGCGGAACGCCGUCAGCUGUGAAUCAGCUGAUUGUAACACAACUAUAUGCAAAAGAUCACGACCUAGACACACUAUCCGCUUUCCUAUUAUUACAAUACAUCUUUAUGUUCAUUUCAACUGCUACUAUAACUGCAAUAGCGCUUUCACUCCUAUAGACUCUGGAAUCGACCACGCGUGUUGGCUUAGGACCUACCCAACUAGACACAUAGACAGACUUCUACUUGCAUGCAGUUUCAUUAACGUAUAUAGCAUUUUUCGCGUUUUGUAGAUUACGCAGGUGAUAUCAAAACACUGAGCCUGACUUGAAUCGACUGAGAGCGACAGAGGAGAAUCAACGGGACCAAGGUUUUUCAAUUGGCGCUCCGUAAAGUUCUUCUGCUUCUGUCAUCACUUCUUCAUGCCCAUCUAAAAUGACGUCUGUAAAAAAACGAAGGAAACAUCAGAUACAGGAACGUACGAAGUUCGAACCGGG